CUCUCUCUCUCUCUCUCUCUCUCUCUCUCUCUCUCUCUCUCAGAGGCGACGACGAGCGGCCAUCGGCGUGCCCUAAGUUUCUAUUUUUCAGAUUUGAUUUUCAAUUACACUUACCUUCCUGCCCACAACCAUCUCUCUAUCUUCCUUCAUUUUUCACAGUCAGCAAAGCUUCCUCUCACCAGAAAAACAGAUCCAAAGCCAUCUCAAUCACUAGUUCCAAACGUAAUCGACCUCAUAUUUAUCUCCGAUCUGCGACUCUCUCUUUGUCUCUCUCUUCAGUCUCUAUUUCACACUCGAAACCCUAGAAUUUCGCAGACGGCUAUCAUGAACCACUACCACAUCUAUGAAGCUAUCGGCCGUGGCAAAUUCUCGAGAGAGCUUAUAUGAAGAUGAGGAGUUUGAUCAACGAUAACUUGCUGCAUUGCUUGUUUCAAAAGGUUUUCUAUUACUUGGGUGAACUUAAUGACUCAUUGUCAUAUGCUCUUGGUGCUGGUCCAAUGUUUGAUGUUUCUGAGGAUUCAGAUUAUGUCCAUACCCUUCUGGCUAAAGCUAUUGAUGAAUAUGCCAGCGUCAAGUCAAAGGCAGCAGAGUCAAAUGAUGAAGCAGCCAAAAUGGACGCUCGUUUGGAGGCAAUUGUGGAGAGAAUGUUGGAUAAGUGUAUCCUGGAUGGAAAGUAUCAACAAGCUAUCGGAAUGGCAAUUGAAUGCAGACGAUUGGAUAAGCUUGAGGAAGCAAUUAUGAGGAGUGAUAAUAUUCAUGCAACCCUAUCAUAUUGCAUUAACAUCUCUCAUUCCUUUGUUAAUCUGAGAGAAUAUCUCCAUGAGCAAAACGUGGAACUCCCUUUUACAUGGCUCCUAAGUUGUUUCAGGAUGGAGGCGUCCAUUCUUAUGCAUCUGAUUUUUGGGCCCUUGGUUGUGUGCUAUAUGAGUGCUAUGCUGGGAACCCACCCUUCAUAGGAAAAGAGUGCUAUGCAUCGAUCUCAUGCUAGUGGAGACACGAAUUGGGGAAAAUUUUCUAUACAAGGCCACCACGGUUAUAGCUGCAGCUAAUCAAAUUGCCUUUCAUAUUCUAGGUGUCUUUGAAGCGUUUUUUGGCAUGUAGACCCACAAUUUUGCAGUGUAAUGGCCGGACAGGGGGUGACAGUUAGGCAAGGAGGGUUUAUGUGUCAUAAUGCCUUCACAAUGACUUGAAUACUCAGCAUGUAAAAUAUGGGUCCCAAAGUAAAUGGCUCAUCCUGUCUAGACCUCAAUUUUAUUUAUGAAAGUGAGAAUUUAAAUGCAAUUUGUUUUAUUAUUUUAGUAAUGAAAUUUGGUUUAUGUUA